UUAUUUAUAUUAAUAAAGGAUAUUACUAUUAAUAUAUACUUUAUUAGAACUAUAAAAGACACUAAAAUAAAGGUCUAUAUAAUAAUUAUAGUAGAAGUAGUUAAAAAGCUUUUAGCUUACUUACUACUUAGUAUACUUUUCUAUAAUAACUAUAGUAUAGUAGUUAACUUUAAUAAAAAAUAA